AUGUAUGUAGUAAAUCUUGUGAAUCGAUAUAUGGAACGGCCUACUGAACUUCAUCUACAAUCAGUCAAAAGAAUUUUGAGAUAUUUGAAGGGAACAACUGAACUUGGAAUAUUCUAUAGUAAUGGAGGAGAUGAGGAGUUGGUGGGCUAUACUGACAGUGAUUAUGCAGGAGAUGUAGAAGAUAGGAAAAGUACUAUGGGCUAUAUGUUCAUGCUUAGUUCGGGAGUGAUAUGUUGGGCUUCGAAGAAACAACCUGUGGUGACUCUAUCCACUACUGAAGUUGAGUUCCUUGCUACAGCUUCUUGUUCUUGUCAAGCAGUUUGGUUGAGAAGAUUAUUGGAGGAACUUGGAUAUGUUCAACAUGAAGCUAUUGUGAUUUAUUGUGAUAGUAGUUCUGCCAUUAAACUUUCAAGGAAUUCGAUAAUGCAUGGACACAGCAAACAUAUAGAUGUACGUUUCUAUUUUCUUAGAGAUCUUUCUAAGGAUGGUAUGGUUAAAAUGGUACAUUGCCGGUCACAGGAGCAAGUAGCAGACAUUAUGAAUAAGCCUUUGAAGUUGGAUAUGUUGGAUAUAUAUAGCAUGCAUAAGUCAAUAUAG